GGAACAAACAUGCUGAUAUUGAUCUGUGUCGGCGCAGUUGUAACGUCAUUAGCUACAGCUUUGCCCAGUCAACAUUUGAUUGCAACACGAUCUCAGAGGCUUUGUGGGCCUGAGCUUGCAGAAGCGCUCUCUCUCGUGUGUGGCGGAAUUUACUACACUCCCUACAAAAGGUUGGAGCACGGUGUUUUCAACAAAGACAUGGAUACCGUUCCCUGGUGGCGAUUGGUAAAAGAAAUGGACACUUCAUCUGACGACGCUUACCUUGGCAGAAAAAUAGCAAUGUCUCUCUUCCGUAAAUCAGACACUUUUUCUCGACCAAUUCGUGGGGUAACAGACGAGUGUUGUAUAAAAAGCUGUUCCAUUUCUGAAUUAAUGACAUAUUGUGGUGCGGGUGGUAAAAAAUAGAUAACGCUACUAGGAUUAAACAACACAAAAAUUAUUUUGACAUUUUCGUUUUGUUGACAUGAUAACUUACGUGGAAUUGUUGAGAUGGCUAAAACAUACAUAUUAAACUUAAAUUAAAUAUA